GCUGCGGGACAAGAGAAGAGUGGGGGCGGGGGAUGUCUGCGGGCAAGAUGGCGGCUACUGCGUCAGGUGUGGGCCGGUUAGAGGAAGAGGCGCUGCGGCGAAAGGAACGGCUGAAGGCCCUACGGGAGAAAACCGGGCGCAAGGACAAGGAAGAUGGGGAGCCAAAGACCAAGCAGCUCAGAGAAGGGGAGGAGGAAGGCGAGAAGCACAGGGAACUCAGGCUGCGGAACUAUGUCCCAGAGGAUGAGGACCUGAAGAGGAGAAGGGUGCCCCAGGCCAAGCCAAUCGCAGCUGGGGAUCCUGGGACUAAGAGAAGCACCCAUGCUUCCUGGCUAGAGGUCUGGGCUCCGUCUACUCUAGCUGGCUGCCUGCCGCCUGCUGGCCCUCCUUCAUCCCCGGAUUGCCUUCAUCCUGAGAAACCCAAGCCCUUCCUCCAGAGCUGCCUUUGCAGGAUCUCACCUCUAGUGGAAGAGAAGGUGAAGGAGCAGCUGGAGGCCGCCAAGCCAGAGCCCAUCAUUGAGGAAGUGGACCUGGCCAACCUCGCACCCCGGAAGCCUGAUUGGGACCUCAAGAGAGAUGUAGCCAAGAAGCUGGAGAAGCUAGAAAAGCGGACCCAGAGGGCCAUCGCCGAGCUGAUCCGUGAGAGGCUGAAGGGCCAGGAGGACAACCUGGCCUCUGCAGUGGCGGCCACCACCACCGAACAAGAGGCUGGUGACUCCGACUGAGGCAUGCCCUAUCCCCUCGCCGCCCACCUUUCAGGCCUGUCCUAUAGGAGGAUGGUCUUGGGCAAGGGUAGGGGCUGGGCUUGCCAUCACCUCCAGUUUGGCCUCAGAACAGUGACUCCCUGCCUAGCAGUCUGAACCCCACCCCUCCCCAUGCUGUGAGGUCGGCUCCUUGUCUCCUGAGUGGUCCCCACCGUGCCGAGUUGGGGCAGAGCCAGCAACAACUCUGUGGGCUUGCUGUAUCUCUACAUAUAUAUGUUAUUUUGAAUUUUUUUAAUGUCUGGAAAUAGAAACAAGCAGACCCCUGUGUAUGGCAGAAACCUCCUGAAUAUUUGGGAUACUCUGGGUUUGGGCCCCAAGACAGGGCAGCUGCAGAAGUGAUGUUUAAUAUGAGUAAGCCCUGUGUUGGGCUGAACAUGUUGAGGCUGGAGGGGUGGGGAAGGCCCAGGCCUGACCUUCUGGGUCCAGGUUCUGGUCCAGUCCUUGGUCAGCGGUGAUCAUCUCAAAAUCCUUGGGCGACAGAGAUAGGCCUUACAGUAGUUUGUGGGGCACCUUGGAGAGGCUCCCACUCUGGUCCUCUGUGGAUCCCCUCGCAGUGAGAAGGAAGCAACUGGGCCCAUGAAGGGGGUGAGCUGUGCCUUGGCAAAGCCUCGACUCUGGGCCACUACAGAUUCGGGGCCCCUGGCACUGCUCGUUCACAUUCCACCCACAGCCCCAGCAGCCCGUCUCCCCACUUCACCGGCCAGAGCUAGACACUGGCUUCCCUGGCACAGGGAUCCCGUAUGGGGGAGGGUGACCCAUUCUGCUAAAGACUGGGGUAUUGUAGCCUGGGUUUCGGGGGUGGUCUUGGACCCUGGGUCCCCAAGGUCCUGGCUUCAGGACCGUGAGCCUCCUCCAUGGAGCUGACUCUCCAGAAUGACUGGCUGGCCACAAGUCUGACUCCAGGUACCCGUGACCAUUUAGAGUUUCAUCUCCUCCAGGAUGAUCACACUCUUAAGUUUCCUUCAUGGUUUCCCCUUGAGCCUCCCGCCCCUGCCCUGAGUCAUCCCAGUGUGUUCCUCCCUCCAUGCCAGCUUCUAGGAACACAAUGGCCCAGCUCUGGUAGACGGUGCUGAGGACUCGGGCGGUAGAGGUGGGGGGAGUGUGUGCACACAGACUGUCACUCAUACAAUAAAGCAAAUGGUUUAACUUAAAAUUAUGCAACUCCUCUGAGAAGGUAAUUCUUGGGAAGGGAGCAGAAACUGGCAGCUAUGAGUAAGGGCUGAAGUGGUAGGUGGCUGGCUGCUGCGGUGAGCAAUGGGACAAGGCCAGGACUGAUUCCCACAAGGGACAGGGGUCAGACGUGCCCCACAGGUGUCAGGACUGGAGCCAGGCUCCCUCUGCAUAGCCGGGGUCUAGAGCUGGGCUUCCCUUCCUAGGAAUGAAGGGUGAAAAGAUGCCCCCACCUCCUGGGAUUGCAGUUGGAAGCAGGAUGUUUGUCUGUGGCAGUGUAGGACUCAGACGCCUGUGACUGGCAACUAGGCUCCCACUCAGCACCAGAGUAAGGAUAUCCCCACUGUAUGAGAGCCCAGAGAGUUAAUGAAAGGUUCGCUUCUGCAUUUACAACCCUGUGUGCCCUACGGAACAACGGCCCUGCAGGGAGAGAGAAAAGCAAAAACUAUCACCCAUGAGGGACACUCAAAAAUUAUAAAAUGCAUGAGAAAAUCCAGUGCUGUAAAGAAUGGCCAGCAGCCCAACAAGUGGGAGAAUUUCUACUUGAAGAAAGUAUAACGAUAACAUCCUAACAGGCUUUAAAAUGAGCAUUUGUUUUAUCACCAGUGAGAUCAAAGAGGGACUGACCCCCCUCCCACACACAACUCAAGAACAGGGAUUUGGUAUAAGAAACAACUGAUUAGAAAUCUUGGAAAUAAAGAAUGUUUAUUUUUUUAAAUUUA